CAAACAUUUUUGGAAAAUUUAAACGGUCGAUCUAAAAAAUCGGCCCAAAGUAACGAAAAUACUAUGGAAUCGCAAUAUUCAACCAAUGUAUCGACCGGAGUAUCUAAUAGUUUAAAUUUGCAAACACUUUCUUUUCAGUCAGGUAAAGAAAUACCUGUUCGGUCAACGGAACAAGUAAAUAGAGCUUCAAUGUUCGGAAAUGAUAAAGCGAUCGACCAUAGCAAUAAGGAAUCUUCAUCAAAACCUACAAGCAAAGCACUAAUACAUGUGAAUGAAAAUAGAGUAACAUCAGUUAAAUUUACAGAAUCGUAUGCAUCAAGUAGCGGUUCAACUGUGCAAAGGCCGAUGGAAAUAUCCUUACUCGAUACGGACCAUCAAUUGGCAAAAGUUUCCAAUAAGCGUAAACAUUCUGGAGAUGGAGAAAUCGGCAACAAUAAAUUAAUUAAGAUUGCUAUUCCAACAAUUCGGAAACAAAAAGAAUUUUCGACGAAAAUAAAUUUGCCCAACAGACCAGCACCGCAAGUUAAUAGUAAUAUACAAAAUAUUGUUUCAUCAGGAUCUUCAAAAAGUAAUGGGGUCAAGUCAUUGGUGCAAUUAUGUACAAUGACAUUGGUUUCAAAUAAACAUCGGCUUUAUAAAUUGGGAGAUACGCCGUACCACUUGCUUGAGCCAAUUUUAAAGUUCUGUACUGACGAAGAAUUACGACAAUUGGAAGAAGUAAAUUCUCGUCUUAUUAAUGAAGAUAUGGAACUUUGGAAACGUUUCUUACAGCAAAAGCUUCCAGAUCAGCCGUUUCCAGAUAAUCCUGAGGAUUAUCGAAUGAUAUAUCUGAAUAUUAUUGAUAAAGAAAAGGAAAAAAAGGAACGUAUCAUAGGCAACUUGAGAAGAGCAAUGGCAAAUGAGAAAGCCAAAAAAGAGGCACGUCAAGUAAAGAUGCUGCUGGUCGCCCCUCGUGAGCCAAAAAGGAAGCCUUCGGGCUACCAAAAACUCACACCUCUCCAAAAAAUCCGAAGAGAAAUGAUCCGAGGGGGAUACGUCAUGUUUCCUCAUCGGUAAUUUAACAUUUUUAUUUUACUCUUUUUAUAUUUUGCACAAUAAGACUCUUUUGUAUAAUACGAUUUCUUCAUAACAGUAUUUUUUUGUAUAUUAAAAAAUUUUAUUCAAAAAAUUUACAUAUUGUAUAUAUUAUUUUAUAUCUUUGCAUAGUAAUUAUUUAAGAAGUUACCAAAUUUAAUCUACAUUAAGAAAUUGGCAGUUAUAUAAAAAACCAAUUACUUUUUUUUUUAAUUUUCCUACAUAGAUCCUACCUUAAUAAACUAGUUUAUUAUAAGU